UGCAGCUUGUAAUCCGAGAGAGCGAGGCAGCAUCGAUUGGCGAGGCAUUCUCAAUUCUUUUGCUCAAUUAGUUUGCUAGCUCUUCCAAUACCUACUGGGACCAGCGGAUAUUUCAAUCUUUGCUUUAUAUUUUUUCGUUGUUUUUUUUUAAUUUUCAGAAGAAACUCCAAGAACGUGUUAUACCGGAGCUCUGAAUACUAGUUAUGCAAUUGUAGGAGGUCAAUACGCAAUAUUUUACCAUGAAAGCGACAAAGAAAAAUUAAAGAACCUGCAGAGUUUUGAGUUUUUCUGGAACGAUCAGAUUGCUCCCUAAUUAUUUUAAUGAGCUUCUUUGCCGCCAAAAUGAAAGAUGACUACAGUGAAGAAGAGGAAGUGCAUUCUAUGGGUUACAAGAGGUUUGGAAUCCAGGAAGGGCCUCAGUGUAAUCGAUGUAGAAACAACUGGGCACUGAAGUUCGCUAUCCUGCUGCUCUAUGUCCUGUGCGCCAUGCUGACCAUUACUGUAGCCAUCCUGGGAUACAAAGUUGUACAGAGAAUGGACACUGUGACCGAAGGAAUGGAAACGUCACAAAAAAGUUACACAGAAAAACUAACAGCAGUUGAGACUGACCUGAAGAAAUUAGAUGACCAGACUGGUGUGAAAGAUCAAAGUACCACUACAGAACUAUCCAAAUUCAAAACAGAUAUCCAGUUUCUUCAGAACCAGCUUGGCGAUAUUGCAGACAAAGCCUCCAGAAACAAAGUUUCACUGGACAAGCUACAAGAGACAGAACAAUCAAUGACAACCAACCAUAACUCACUGAAAAGCUUGUUGGAUAGCAAUUCAAGGUCUAUCAGAGACAUAAACCAGACUUUAUUGACAUACAGUAGUUACAUUACCAACCUGGAACAAAUCUCUGGUAAUCUGCAAAGUGACAUGCAAAGACAAACCAAAUCUCAGAGCAAAACAGCUGUGAAUCUCAGUCAGUUAAAUCAGACACAGAUUCAACAAAGAGAUUUAUUCAGUGCACUGCAAAAAUCUGUUGAUGAUAGCAGUCAGUCCAUCCAGAAGAUAAGGAAUGAUUGGCAGGCUCUCCAACAGACCAUGCUUCAAGCACAAAAGGACACAGACUGGCUGAAAGAGAAACUGCAAUACCUGCAGUUACAAGCAGUAAACAACUCAAUCAUGGUGACUGGGAAUAGCGACACUUUGGAAGAUAUGAAUAAUCAAUUGAACACUCUCAGUAGUCAGAUGGCAAAUAUUAGUUUCAUGGCUAACAUCCAUGAAGAGAGUCUCAAGGAUCUACAGCAAUAUCAAAAAGUUAAUGAAAACAAAACAUCUGCCAGUUUUGAACAACUUGAAGCGCGCAUGGAUAUAAAUGAGAGAGACAUCAGCAGUAUUAUUGGGAAUAUUAGUUGGACUGUGCAACAUCUUCGAUCACUGACAAGCAAUUUGAAUGAUAUAAAAACCACUUGUACCAAUACAUUGGGUCAACAUGCGGACCAACUAGCCAUCCUGACCACAGACAUGGACAAUGUCCGUGCGGACAGCUCUCUCCUUAAGGCACAGCAAGGCGUAAUGAAGGCCAGACUGGAUAUUGAGGUUGGCAACUUGUCCAUGAUCAUGGAAGAAAUGAAACUUGUAGACACAAAGCAUGCUCAGCUGAUUCAAAACUUCACAAUUCUUCAAGGUCCUCCUGGCCCAAGAGGUCCCAAAGGUGACAAAGGAAUACAAGGACCAGCUGGUACUAGGGGGGCAAAGGGACAAAAAGGUGAUCGUGGAGAAGUUGGACGACCUGGAUCAAUGGGUCCAAAAGGUUCUCGAGGCCCACCCGGAUCUAAAGGAGAAAAGGGCAGUCAAGGAUAUAGAGGCCUCACUGGCUUGAAAGGACAAAAGGGUUCAAAUGGGAGACCUGGUGCGCCAGGAGCAAAAGGGAGCUUUGGACUGCCAGGUCUAGAAGGACCCGAUGGCAAAGUAGGUCUUCCAGGACCACCAGGAGAACAAGGUGAACCAGGAGCAGCAGGAAGCAAAGGCCCGGUAGGACCACCAGGUAUCCCAGGUCCAAAAGGCUCACCUGGUCCCCCAGGUCCCAUAGGACUAAUAAACCAAGCUUCAAACCUUCCUCCAAAACCAAAUGGUUGUCCACCUAAAUGGAGGAAUUUUAAGGAUAACUGUUACUACUUCUCUGUUGAUCUUGUCGAGUUUGAAGAAGGAAAAAAUCUGUGCAAAAACAUGUCAUCCAACAUGAUUAUUAUUAAUAACCGUGAAGAACAGCAAUGGGUGAGAAAGCAAAUAAAUGGAAUAAAUUACUUUUGGAUUGGCUUGUCAGACACUGAGGAGCACAAUGUAUGGAAAUGGGUGGAUGGAACCAUUGCAGAAUACACAAACUGGAGGCCUGGGCAGCCUGAUAACUGGCAGCAUGAAGGGGCAUCAGAAGAUUGUGCUGGGCUUGCUGGUGGUGCAUUGUGGAACGACUUCUUCUGCACAGACCUCAAUGGCUUGAUUUGUGAAAAGAAUGUUGACAAAGAUCAACUUUCAGGGUGAUCGUCCUGAUAAACCUAAAGAACAUGUCCAGAGACAGUUCCGGACCAAUGGCGGAGGUGGUCUUCAGUUUCAGCUCCCCGAUUACCAAGGGAAGCUUCUGAUCUGCAUUAGGUGACAACUGUUAACCUAACUUCCGAGACAUCGUUUCUUCGUGCUGGGCAUCGGAACUUAAAUCUUUGACCCUCAUUAACUUUUAAUUUGAAGUUAGCCCAAGACUUUAUUCUUUAAAGAAUAUCUAUUAUUUGAUAACAAUUAUUGUUUAUUAAAGUGAAAUAAGCAAGAAAAUAUAUUACAAAAUCCAUAUGAGCCCAAUUUUUGAUUUUAUUUUCCAUAAAUACCUAUGUCAGUAUAAGAAAAUCUAUAUGUUAACACUUGUGUUUAGAAAUAUUUACCAUUCUGCAUAGUAACAGCCUUACAAAGUUUUCCAGUUUUCAGGAAUGUUUCGACUGAACCUUCCGUGUCUGAUUUACAGUGAAAUCAAACAAUAAUUAUUCCCCUGUUAUAUCAUCAAAUAAAAUAGCAAAUAUAAGAUGUAGGCGAGGGGUUGGAAUUGGAUCUUAUUUUGUUACCUUCCAACUGCUAUAAGGAUGAUCUAUUUUAUACUUUAUUAGAACAAAUAAGAAGAGAGCAUUGCAUUAUCUAAUCAAAUAGGCAGUCACACUGCCUUCUGCCAAUACCCUCAUAUCCACCAGACUAAUUUCACCCAGAAGCAGAGCUUGUUAAGAGAAUGCUUGCAAAUACAAAGGUUACAAUUCAAAAGGGAAAGCAGCUAAACUGCUUUCAGACCAUGAAGGAACGUUUUGACAUCAGCAAUAAGUUUCAUGCACAUCUCACAAGGUAACUCAAGUAAGGACCACUUCCUUUAUAAUCAAACAAAAUAAUUGAAAUCAAAGAAACCAUCUAACUAUGUAAGCUACUGCCCUCCAGAAGCAAAAGAGGCUGAAAGGAUAAUGGAACUCCGUUACGAUCCAAUCUUAAGAUCAGAAAUGCCACCUAUUUGAAACUUUUUGCCUUUAAUGAAGUACAAAUUUUUAUGAUUCUGAACUAUUCCAUUUUAAACUCAACUAAGGCUUUACUGUUAACAAUUAACACCCUAAUUAAGAGUCCAUCACAACUGCAAAUUAAACCUUCAGCACAUUUAAUUAAUCAAUAUUUGCAAAACACUUGUGUUCAGCCAUCAAUUGCCGAUGGCAACAUACAAAACUCCUUUAAUUCACAUUUGCAAAAGCUUUAUGAGGAUAGUAAUUGAACAUAGGCUCUGUACUAACCUUGUUUUUUAAAUUACUCUUACACAAAGGAGCCUAGAUAAAUUUACUUAACACUGAAUUUCAAAAUGUUAUUCCCAUUCAUCCCCAUUCCAUAGAAGUUUUAAUUAGAAUUCUGAUCCAACAUUCACUUGAUAAAUUUAUUUUGUACCUAUUCAGAUUUGAUUGCAGGAAAAAUAAACGUUCCCAGAGCAGAUUUUAUUGAAAUUAAGAUUACUUGAUUACAAAUGGAUUUCAAAAGAACACUGAGACAGAGUGAAUUGGGAUGAUAAACAAGUCACACUACAGAGCCGUGGACAACAAAGCUUUGCACCUUCAAUUUUCUGAUCUUAAACUUGCCAUGGUAGGAAGCUACCAAGCAGAACACAGGCAUUUUCCACAAAGAGGGGAGGUAAUACCAUUGAUUUGGUUAUCCUAGUCCACACUCAUACAGCUGUAGUAACUGGCUACAGAGCAGCUCUGGUUCAGACUUAGGAGGUAAUUGCAAGUCCAUUCACUUAGCUGAAGAAAGUAUGUGAAAAAGGAAAAUCAAACAUAAAAUUAAAGAAAAAGCCAUCUUUGUUACAUCAUUGCUGAAGUAAUGAAAUUUUACUGCUGUAUCCUUAAGUAAAAUAAACCAAAUUUAACAAAAUUGGGUAAGAAGUGGAAUUAAAUGCAAGUGCUCUUUCAUGUGACAACUUUUUGAAACAUUCCUUCGACAGAGUCAAACAAAGCCAUGCACCAUAGUCAAUUUUUACUGUUAUGGAUAGUUUCAAUGGGCUCAAUAAAUUGGUAUGUAUUACAUUAUUGUCGAAUACAUCUGUAAUGACUAAAUCCAAAACAAGCCCACAUGAAAUUGUGAAAUAAAAAUAAUUUUAUUUAAA